AGAGCUGUUCAAAGCAGGAGUUGUUGCAGCCCAGCCCGAUCUAGAUGCUUUCUGCUCAAGUGUCACAGUGGGACUUCCCUGGGGCAUCUUCGGAGGUGCCGGUACAAGAAUCUAAUUUCUGCGCUCUGUCUUGAAGAACUUUAUUAUACUGAAAGUCUAGACAGAAACACUGCAUGUUAGGAGGGGAGCAUCUUAUAGGAAAGUUUCUUCCCAACUCACUCAAAGUUUAGAGAUGAGAAACGUGCACCUGUGAUUCGUCUCAUUUACAGCUGACGUGAGAGGGGAUGGAGAACAAGGCCAUGUACCUGAGCACCUACGAGGAGAGGGAGAACGGCUCCUUGUUCGAGGAGAACUACGACGGGAGGAACCUCUCCAAGCUCAACCUCUGUGAUGAAGGCUCGGUCAGGAGGACCAGGAAGCAGGAUCAGUGCUGCAGCCACCUCAACUCCCUGGCCGCCAUCAAGUACGCCAUUGUGUCUCUCUACAUCCUGGUCCUCCUCAGUAUCUUCGGUCUUUGUCUGGCAGUCUCCAGGUCCCAGGUGUCCUCGGACAGACAGGAGGCUUUGAUGGAGAACGUGACCCGCAUGUCGGACCGCUCCCGCCAGCUCCAGCAGACCCUGGGAGACGUCUCCACCCAGGAAGACCUCCUGGAGAACAUCUGGAAACUGGAGAACCUGUUUCAGAACCACACCAACUCCCUCCACAGGCUGAGCCUGGUGAUGCAGGGCCUGGAGGCGCAGGUGAGGGCCCUGCAGAGCGGCUCCCAGCAGACAGAGGGCCUCCUGGUGCAGCUGGAGGACAGGGUGUACUCUCUGAGCAGCUCAACCCAUAGGAACGUGAGUGGUCUCAGCUCAGAGAUGGCCCGGGCUUCAGUCGAGCUGCGCGAGCAGGACCGUCUCUUCCGUGACACCAUGGGGCAGAUGAGCAGUUUGAGGGACAAGGUGGAGGAGGUCAAUUGGACGGUGGGGGCUGUCAAUCACACCUUCCACAGUGACAUCAGCAUCCACCAUCUGAAGAUACAGGAUCUGCAGGUUCAGAUCAGUAACAUCUCGGAGGACACCACCAGCCUGUGGGUAACCCACAUUCACAUGGAGGCCACGCUGAAGAACGAGAUGGAGAUCCUCAACACCAUCACUGAAGACCUCAGGCUGAAGGACUGGGAGCACAGCCUGGCCCUCAGGAACCUCACCGUCCUAGAAGGGCCUCCAGGACCAAAGGGGGAGAAGGGUGACACAGGCGCGCUGGGGCCCCCUGGUGUACCUGGGUUGACUGGCAUGAGAGGCUUCACAGGAGAGAAAGGUUUCCCAGGGCCUAGGGGUCAGAAGGGGUCAGGAGGAGAGGAUGGCAUACAGGGGGAUAAAGGAGACAUUGGACCUAUGGGGCCUAAAGGUGACAGAGGAGAGAGGGGGCCGAAGGGGGCGAAGGGAGACAGAGGCGACCGAGGAGAGAAAACAGUGGAGGAGACUCUGGUGCGUCUGGUGAAUGGAUCAGGACCCCACGAGGGGCGUGUGGAGGUGUUCCACGAGCGGCGCUGGGGGACCGUGUGCGAUGACGUCUGGGACAGGACGGACGGAGACGUGGUGUGCAGGAUGCUGGGAUACCAAAAAGCCACCGAGAUCCACAAGACGGGACGCUUUGGACAAGGUACUGGUCUGAUCUGGAUGGAUGACGUGGCGUGCCUUGGGACAGAGGACUCCAUCCACCAGUGCCAAUUCUCAGGCUGGGGCAAGACCAACUGUGGACACGUCGAGGACGCGGGGGUGACCUGCGCCACCUAGCAUGAGUUUCAGCAACACACACAUACACACACAUGGCAUGCUUACACACACACAUCUUUCCUUCAUCACACUAAACGUACUCCACAAUCCUAACACCACUGACUCGCACACAUACACGUGUUGUCUCUAAAUGUAUGUCCUGGUACGGACUUUGAGGAUGCUGUGUAAAAUGCAGCAGCAACUACCGUUUUGUGUAUCACUCUCUGAGGGCCUUGUGUAACCUUUGGAGAGUUGGGACUGUAGGACUGCACACACACCGCCAUCUUAGCUUUGGGAACGUUCACUUAAACACUGAGGGAUGAAACCACAACGGACAAUAGGACAGAGUCCUCCACCCUCGCCAAGGACUGGCGACCUGAGGACUCUAACGUGGAUGCUAACUUGCCCUCCAUACCAACGCCUGCUCUUUGCUCUUCUCUGUGUACGCUGAAACAUCGCUGGUGGGGAUGCCUCUCUUAGCUGAAUCCUGUUUAGUGCCCCGAACCAGCCGCUGAAAAAAAGGUUCAUCCACCGACAAGCGUUGAUGGAUGAAGCGAUGACAAGAGGGAGAGGAGCGCAGCGAGGAGAGAGCGAAAAGACAGAACAAUCGGUGCUGUGUUGCCAGGCACCGGCGAUAGUCUUCUGUGAGAUUUAUGAGAGCGUGUCCGUCGAGGCUUCGUUCACUCAGGCCUCGGAGCUGAGGAACUCCAGAAGGAUGACUCUGGGUCCUCUCUGCUGGCUCAUUGUUACUGUGCUCCCCGCGCUUCUUUAUGUCUCUCUGUUUCUGCCUGUCGCUCACUCUGUCUCUCAUUCUCUCUCUGUCUUCAUCCUAGGUGUCACUUGCAGGGGUUUUGAGAAUCAGCUCAAAACACUACCACGUCUUUCCAUCUCUUUUUCCGUCCCUCCCUCUCUCUCUCUCGCUCUCUCUCUCUCUGGCUUUAGUUGCAGGGGUGGUUUAGAGUAGCGUUAGGUUUAUGUAUGGAAACCAUGACUCUGACCACAAGAGCAGACAGAUGACAAGCCCAGGCUCGGUGAUGGAACGGGAAGGGAAGUCAAAUGUGCGUGGUCACACUGAGGUUUCUCACAGGCAAUGGAAUGGACAGAUCAAAACAAGCUCAAAAGCAUCAUAAACUAUGCAGUGCUUUCACACGUCGAGUCCGGAGGGAAUGGCUGUGAAUUGGUCUCCUUCAGGUCUUUCUGUCUCAGAUGGAAUGGAACUAUGAUUUUAACACACCUCACAUGCAGAUGCAGCCACACAUACACACACACACACACACACACACACUAGACUAAUUCUCUGUGUUUUUGUUAUUAGUAAUUCAUUUUGGCAAAGUCCUGUUGGCUCCAGACAGCCUUUCCCUAACAGCCUGUCUGAGUGUGCUGCUCUGGAGGUGUACAGACAAUAGCUCUCCUGCUUACUGAGACAACAGCCAAAGACAAUACACACACACACACCCAGAUAGUAGUUGUACUGGCAACAAUGCAAUUGUAGAUUUACAGUCUUUGCUAGGUUCUUGUUAGGAGAAAGAGAAAUAUGCUGACUGGAAUUCUUUCCAAAUAUUUUCUUAGGAAUAACGUAUAGAAGGGGGGUGAUCACUUCUGGAGUCUUGCUGUCUCUGAUAUUGAACAGUUCAUAUUGAGGUGAUUAUGAUACAAGACAAUUAUAAACAACGGGACACUUUCCAAAUGAGCACAGCAGAAUACAAAAUAAAUGUUUUAGACACACUGCCUCGCAAUGUAUCCUUUCUCUCUCUUUCUGUCUGCUUCUUUAUCUGCGUUUCUCUUUCUGCUUCCAUACAUCUGGUGUGUGAACCCAAAGCUCCCUAUUCAAAAACGACCUAUGAAACAUCGGCAUCCAGAACUGGCCUAUCAAAUAUCACGUUGAUGAGAGGGUGAUGGGUGCAAUGCUGAGAUAGCACCAGUCUGAUUGUCCAUGCCUUGAUACAGUACAUUACCCUGGCGAAUUCUACCGUGCAUUUGAUCUGGUGCACAGCUAAUCUGGUCUGGCUGUGACAGAACCUUGGGAUUGAUGGAGCAAACGUAUGUAGAAUAAAGGGAUAACACCUCACCAGCAAAGUUUGUUUGAAAUAUCUGUGACACAAUUACAUUUUUGCAUACUUUUACUUUAACUCAAUUGAGGUAACUCCUCCAGGGGAAUCCAUAAAUCAUGGUUAUGGAGACCAACUUUAUAGUAUUCUGUGUUCCAUGAGUUUUUUUAAGGUUUGGAUUGUAGUCCAAUCACACUUGUUUGUUUGUGUGGGAGUGUAAAUAUGGGUUUCUCCCUGUGCUGGUCAUAAUAAGACACAUGGGCUUUCAUGGAGGGGUAGAACAAAUUGAAAGCAGAAGAAUACAUUGUGUGAUACACCCUUACAACAGCUUCUAUGUGAAUACUAUUCCUGUGUUGUUUUGUACCCGGUUUUAAUGUACUGCUGAUGUAUUAAAGUGAGUUUGUUUAUA